UCUAGUCUAUUUUCUUUCUUCUCUUUCCGCUUUGGUGCACCGUUUCUUCAAGUUGAUGUAUAGGAUGGCUGUCCCUCCACUUGUCAGGGCCUCAUGGCUGAACCAGCAGAUUAAAGAUGGCGUAAAAAACUUGCGCAUUCUUGAUGGUUCGUGGUUUCUUCCCAACGCCAAUCGUGAACCCGAGAAAGAGUUCUACCAGAAAAGGAUCCCUGGAGCAAGGUACUUCGACAUUGACGAGUGCCGCGACAAAUCUAACCCUUACGACCACAUGCUACCAAGCGAAGCAGAAUUCGCUAGCUAUGUUCAAAACCUAGGCAUCACCAACGACAGCCAUGUUGUUGUCUACGAUAAUAACGAGAAACUCGGAGUGUUUUCUGCGCCGCGAGUGUGGUGGACAUUCCGUGCGUUCGGCCAUGAGCGAGUUUCGGUGCUAGAUGGUGGCUUACCUAAAUGGUGUUCGGAGGGUUUCCCCACCGAAUCUGGUCCACUCAAGGAGGAAUCUUUCAAAGACAACCCUCCCUUCAAAGCAACUCUUAACAAGGCCAUGAUAGUAGACUACGACUUCAUUAUGAACAACAUCAAAUCAGAGCCAAGAGUCACUGUCCUAGAUGCACGACCCCCUGGCCGCUUCACUGGUGAUGAGCCUGAGCCACGCCCUGACCUGCCCAGUGGCCACAUGCCGCAGAGUCGUAGUUUUCCUUUUGGCAAAUGCCUUGACAUGGAGAACAAGUGCCUGAAGAGUCCAGAAGCCUUGAAGAAGGUGUUUGCUGAUGCAGGCGUAGACUUGACCAAGCCUCUGGUUACUAGCUGUGGUUCGGGUGUGACCGGUAGUGGUUUGCUGUUUGGUACCUUCCUGUGUGGGAAGACCGACACAAAGCUGUAUGAUGGCUCCUGGACCGAGUUUGUCCAACGUGCACCAGAAGAAAUGAACCUUAAAGGAAAAUGAACACUUAGUCCAUGGAAUCUUAUGUUAUGUGAAUUUUAAAUUCAAUAGAUUUUCUGUUAUUAAUAUUCAUGUUCAAAACAUACUUACAUCUUUUUCAAUUUUCUUGAAUGUAUUAUGUUUUUUUUCACUCAUAUAUUAUUGUCUGACUUUACAAAACUAUUAUUUAAGUUUGGUUUUUAUUGUUUGUGUAUUGCACUGUUAUAUACUACAAUUUGUAUUUUCACCUUGUAAGGUUAAAACCUACUUAAUAAACUGAGCCCUCACUAGUUAA